CCCACCGUUUGUUUUCCUUGUAUUUCUUCGAUUGCUCUUCUUCUUGAACGGCUCCUUCGGCUGUUCGACUUCGCUCCUUGAAGACGUUCCCUUCCUGUUGGGGAUCGGAAGAUCGGAAGUUACGAAAUUUUGAUCGGAAGCAACGACGGGAGCUCGCUCGCUGUGAAGGCCGUUUGGCUUGAGUUCACUCAAAUCCCGCAUAAAUCCUGCUACCAAACAGCCAUGCUUCUGCCAACUGCCCUGCCAGUGGAAGACAUGGUGGAAGUGGGAAGGGGAGAAGAAGCGAUAGAAGAGGAAGUGGAACUGGGUCGUGAGGGAGGACUUGAGGACGCGGAAGAAACCGAUGGAGAGGUAGAGGAUGACGAAGUUGAAGAAGAUUACACUCUGCAAUUCGAGGGAGAUCCACUCGGCUUUGUCCAGGAAGGAGACCAUGAGGGCACCGAGCUCUACCAACAUUUCGAGCGGCUCGAGUACGAAGCCCUAGCCGAAAGGAAGCGCAAGGCCUUGCAACAGUGUUCCCGCAACGGGCAAGCGAAAAAACCUAAGAAAGAUGAGUUGCUGGGUGUUUCCAUGGAAGAAAUUGAGGAGAUGAUGAACUUUGGAUUUCGUAGAAGAGCAAGUUCCGCCAAGAAAAGAGGACGGAAGAAAGGAUCCCGAAAUAAACUCAGUCCGGAAGUGAACAUUAAAAUUGGUGAUGCUACGCUUCACUAUGCAUCUGGAAAUUACAGUGAGGCGAUACCCAUAUUAGAAGAAGUUGUUCAACUUGCACCUAAUUUACCUGAUUCAUACUUCAUACUUGGUCUUAUAUAUGAUGCUAUGAAUGAUAGGAAGAAAGCUCUGAAUUUCCACAUGAUUGCUGCACAUUUAUCACCUAAGGAUGUAACUCUUUGGAAGAAGCUUGUUGCUUGGUCUAUUGAGCAGAAAAAUUUUGGUCAGGUUAGAUAUUGCCUUUCAAAGGCAAUAGCAGCAGACCCAAAGGAUAUUGGUCUCAGAUUUAAUCGUGCAUUGCUUUAUUUCGAGCUUGGUGAGUAUCAGAAGGCAGCUGACUCAUGUAAUCAGAUUGUAAGUCUUUAUCCUGCUAAUGUUGAAGCACGCAAGAUGGCAUCUAAGAUGUAUCAAAAGUGUGGCCAGCUGGAAAAAGCUAUUGGCGUCUUAGAGGAUUAUGUUAAUGAUUAUCCUUUUGAAGAUGAUAUAAGCAUUUUUGACCAGCUGAUUUCCUUGAACAUGGAAAAUAGUUCAUAUGAUAAAGCUGUCCAGUUGAUUGAAAAGGCAAAAUCAGCCUUUGGACCAGACAAAGAGUUGCCAUUAUGUUUGAAAGCUAGAAAUGCAAUUUGCCAUGCUCAUCUUGGGAACAUGGAAAUAGCCAAGGAUUUUCUUCAAGAUUUGCGAAUUGGGAAUUUUGAAGACCACUAUGAUUUGGUUAAUGAAGUUGCUAACACAUUUCAAACUCUUGGUCAGUACCACUAUGCUUUAAACCUGUACUUCAUACUUUCCAGAACUUUCGACAAUGAAAAAGCCACCUUAAAUCUAAAUAUUGGACAAUGCUACGCAUCACUAAGUGAAAGAGGCAAAGCUAUUCCAUUCUACUAUAAAGCUUUAUCAAAACUGGAAGAUGAUAUUGAUGCCCGCAUAACCCUAUCAUUCCUUCUUAUAGAUGAAGGAAAGGAUGAUGAAGCAAUCUCACUGCUGUCACCUUUAAAGUGCUCAAGUACCAUAUCUGAUGUUUCAUCUACCUUCUCCAAACCUUGGUGGCUUAGUGAGAAAGUGAAGAUGCAACUUGCAAAAAUUUAUCAUUCCAAAGGAAGGCUUGAGGAAUUUGUUGAUGUAAUAUUUCCUUCCGUUCAGAAAACAUUACUUGUUGAAUCUAUGAAUCAAAAGCUUAAGGCGAGAUCAAACAAAAGACUCUCAAAAAGCGUCCUACUUGAAAGAGUCAAGUUGUUGGACGAUCAGCAGGAAGAUAACGUAUUUCGUGGCUUCAAACCUGUUGCAACAUCAUCAGACCUACUAAAAGCCAACAGAGCAAAGAAAUCUCUUGAAAAGCAAGCCGCUCUGGGUGACGAGAAAAACGUUGCAGCACCGUCUGCUGGGAUGGAUUGGCAGUGUGAUGAUUCAAACGAAGAUGCAACGAAAGAGAUCCAAGACCUUCCUCUCCCAGGACUCCUCAAGGAUGAAGAAAAUCAACAACUUUUGCUUGAUCUAUGCAAAACUAUGGUAUCCUUGCAUCGUUAUUCCGAAGCACUGGAGAUUAUAAACCUUCUAAUAAGGUUACCAAAUGACAGAGUAUCUUCUGAGAAGAAGGAAGAGCUUCAAUCAUUGGGUGCCCAAAUAGCAUACAUUACUCCAGAUCCAAAGCAUGCAUUCGAUUAUGCUCGAAAUAUGGUGAAAAAACAUCCUUAUAGCAUUUCAGCGUGGAACUCAUAUUACGAAGUUAUUUUAAGAUUUCAAAAUAGAUUUGGAAAACAUCUUAAGUUUCUGCAUCAAAUGAGAGUUAGGCACAGAGACUGUCUGCCCCCUAUGAUUAUUAAUGGAAAUCAAUGCACCAUGCAAAGCAUGCACCAGGCUGCUGCUGAGGAGUAUCUUCAAGCUUACAAACAUCAGCCUGAGAAUCCACUAAUAAAUCUUUGUGUUGGUACUGCUUUAAUCAACCUAGCCCUUGGCUUUAGGCUUCAGAAUAAGCAUCAGUGUGUGGUUCAAGGUUUUGCUUUCCUCUACAACUAUCUAAGUAUAUGCAAUAACAAGCAGGAAGCCCUUUACAACAUCGCUAGAGCAUAUCAGCACGUUGGCCUUGUGACUUUGGCAGUUUUGUAUUAUGAGAAGGUUCUUGCAAUUCAACAGAAAGAUUUCCCCAUUUCGAAGCCUCCUAAUCAAGAUCCAGGUGCUCCAGCAAGUCAUAAACCAGGUUACUGUAAUCUUCACAUGGAAGCAGCUUUUAAUUUACAUUUGAUUUACAAGAAAAGCGGAGCAAUAGAUCUGUCUAGGAAAAUUUUGAAGAGCUAUUGUACUCCUUAAAUUUAACCAUCAAAUUUAUUUUCUUAAUUUAAAAUGAAUUUUGCUGUUUAUUUA